AUGAAGAGUAUUCAGGUCGCAAUAAAAAUUGUCGACAAAACUCGCUUGGAUAAUGUAAAUCUCACAAAAGUUUAUCGAGAAAUCGAAGUGCUUAAAAAAUUGGACCAUCCAAAUAUCAUCAAACUUUAUCAAGUGAUGGAAACGAAAAAUAUGUUAUAUUUAGUUACCGAAUAUGCACCAAAUGGAGAAAUUUUCGACGAAAUUGCGAAGCAAAAACGAUUGUCUGAACCAAAUGCUCGGGUAAAAUUCGCUCAAAUAAUUUCAGCAGUCGAAUACUGUCAUCAACGAAAUAUCGUACACCGCGAUCUUAAGGCUGAAAACUUAUUGCUUGAUGCAAAUAUGAACAUAAAAAUUGCUGAUUUUGGUUUCAGUAAUUUUUUUAGCAAAUCUGAUACACUUAACACAUUUUGUGGAUCUCCGCCAUAUGCUGCUCCGGAAAGCCUUGGUGUUGUUCUUUACGUAUUGAUAUGUGGCGUUCUUCCUUUCGAUGGUCCGAAUUUGCAAGUGUUAAGAGAUCAAGUACUUAGUGGAAGAUUUCGAGUUCCUUAUUUUAUGUCAACUGACUGUGAAAAUUUGAUUCGCCGUAUGUUAACAAUGGAUCCAAAUAAAAGAGCGACAAUUGAGCAAAUUCGCAAACACAGAUGGAUGGCACCGCUUGUGCAACAUAAUUUAACACAAGAAGUAAAAUCAGUUAUAAAUAAAAGUGAACCGCAGCAGCAAAUCCUGAAACUGAUGCAUAAUCUUGGAAUUGAUUCCAAUAGAACAGUUCAGUCGUUAAAGAACAAGUCAUAUGACAAUUUUAUGGCUAUUUAUAUGUUACUUCUUGAUCGUUGGCGGUCAUCUUCAAUGCACGCUGAUUUACGUACACUGAAACGCCAAAGUGAAAUAACACGUUGCAAAUCUCCUUUACGUGCUCUACGUGAUCAUAAAAGUUUUCAAAGAACAGAAUCUACUAGUUUGGAUGAAUCAAAAGAACUGAUUAAGCCAUCAAAAAUUGGCAAAAUUGCUUCAAUAGAUGAAGGCGUUGAAGACGAUUUGCAGUCAUCAAAUACAUCACAAAUCAUUUGUCGUUCUGGCAAAUUGCCCUCCAGUGAUUCGAUUGUCUCCUCUCCAUCACCAUUUGAGUCAUUUGAUUCACAAAUUGAAUCUGACAUAAUGUCGAGCAUAUCUUCUUGUCACAGUUCGGGUUUUUAUGGUGCAAAUACAUCCUUAUUAGAAAACUACCAAAAAUUAAGGAACUCGGAAGAUUCUGAACAAAUCUUACUCACGAGCUCACAGUGUACAACGUUUGGUUUUGGUUGGAGAGCUAGCGACAAUUCCGUUUUUCAUGAGCCAUUUCCCACUGUACAACUCUCAAGAAAGAGUGAAGCAAUGAAACAGAUCCAAACUCAUGAGGCACAACCAUCGACGAGUAAUGUCGGAGUUCAACUUCAAAAUAUGCAAAUAACACCAUUGAUAACGGCAGAGGCUAAUCAUAGUAUUCUAGGAACUUCAUCGAAGAAACUAGCACUUCCAGAAAAUUUAGAAUUCCAACCACAGAAAUUCUUAAAUAUAAAGCAAAGCAUUUACAUUGAAAAACGCUUGGGAGUUGCUGGCGAUAUGAAUUCGAUAUCAGAAGCGAAAAAUGUUCUCAAAGCAAAAUUGAAACAAAAGCAAAUAAAAGCGAGAAUUCAACUUCUGCAACAACAGAAUUAUCAUAUCACACAAGUGAAUCACAAUAUUACAAGUGGAUCGAAUUUGCCCCUAUCACCUAUAGAAGAUCGUCGAUCAUUCGAAGAUGAUUCCAUGGAUAUUGCAUAG